AUGGAGUCCGACGGGAACGGCAAGCCCCAGCGUAUAUCAGUAACAGAGCAUGAGCCGACCUCGCCUACGGUGGCAGAAAUGCCGGCUUUGGAGCCAGAGUCUCUUCCCGAAGACACUUCUGUGCUAGAUGUCUCAGACGCGCAAGAUGGCACCCCAACAGAGCUAGAUGGCGCAGAUGAGUCUCUUAUUUCCGGAGAAUCUCAGGUUGCAGUAGAUGCAGACAGCGACCCUGAUACCGUUCUCGUGGACAAUACUGCAGCCACAGCCGCCGAUGAAGAGGACAUGAGACGUCUAGACGAACACGAUUCUCUCGUCACUGUCCGCCUGUCCGAGCCGCCUGUGUUGACAAUCGACACAAGUGCCGCCGAGCAGAGCGACGAUGAGCCGAGCACUCCGGCCGCCACACCGAGCAUCAGGACGGCAAUGCCCACGUUGUGCGAAGCUGACGAGUCUGAUGACAGCGUCGAUCCCGAUGUUAACUGGGAGCAGCUGCAGCGGACUGAAGACGAGGAGUGCAGUGGUAAAGGCACCGAGAAUACUGCAAUGCUGCUUGCCCGCCUCGAGCAAGAAAACGCAAAGCUUGCAACGAACCCGAAAAGCGUCAAGGUGUACGGGCCCGAGCCACAGCAGCAGCAGACACCUCGUCGUCCCCGGCCUCCCUCCAUGGCUCAGCUCCGUGAUAUGAUCAACGGGCCGACGCCGCCUGCCCUCCGGUACUCCAUGCUGCCGCCGCCUCCCCUGACAGACCUAGAGUUCUAUGCGGCCCUAGUCCAGGACUACCACCAGACCGCCGCCCGGCUGCCCACGCUUCUAGCCAACAAGAUCCGCAAGGGCAUUCCGCCCCCGCUGCGUGGUGUCGUGUGGCAGGGUAUGACAGAUGCUCGUGACGAAGAGCUUGGCAGCCGGUUUGAUCGCUUUUGCGUCGCCACGAGCCCCUACGAGGGCCUCAUCGGCAAGGACCUUGGGCGCAGCUUUCCUGGCGUCGAGAUGUUCCGUGACCCAGACGGCGACGGCCAGCGCAUGCUGGGACGUGUGCUUAAGAGCUACAGCCUGCACGACCGACGCAUCGGGUACUGCCAGGGCCUGGCAUUCCUUGUCGGGCCGCUGCUCAUGCACAUGCCCGACAAGGAAGCGUUUUGCGUUCUCGUAAAACUGAUGGAAAAUUACGAUCUUCGGAGCUCCUACACGCCCGACCUCGCCGGCCUACACGUCCGCAUCUACCAAUUUCGAGAGCUGUUGCGCGCAGUUCUGCCAGAAUUGUCGGCCCAUCUGGACGAGUUGCAGGUGGACCCAGCCGGUUACGUUUCACAGUGGUUCUUAUCUUUUUUUGCUGUGACAUGCCCCCUGCCCAUGCUGUUUCGCAUGUUCGACGUGGUCUUUGCUGAGGGCGCGGCGGAGACGAUUAUGCGUGUAGCGCUAUCCAUCAUGCAGAAGAACGAGGAGCGCCUGCUGGCCUGUGCCGAGCUUGAGGAUGCGAUCCAGCUCUUGCUCUCGCGCGGUCUCUGGGAUUGCUACCACUACAACGCCGACGAAUUCGUGCAGCAUUUUCUAGGCUUGUCUAGCGUUGUCACCCGAGACCGGUUGGCUUUGCUUGAACAGGCCUACCGCAAAGCACAGGUCACCAAUACUAAUCAAACCGGCAACGCCAAUGUGGAUCGCACGUCUGCCAUUGCGACUGCAGCCUCUCGUUUCCUUGGUCGCCUCUGGGUGUCAUCCUCGUCCUCAUUUUCUCUAUCUUCCCCCCCGACCGCUACAUCUGCCACCUUCCCUUCAUCCUUCCGUUCCUCAGGUGCAUCGUCGCCCAACACAUCCGACCCGUCCAGUUCGGCGUCUCCCUCCGCCUCCAACGGCCUCAGCUUAAGUGCGGCGCCGCUGCGCCCUCUUAGCAUGUUGCGGAGGAGUACCUCCAAGCAAAGCCUUGCCUCCACUGUUAAUUCUAUGGAGGCAGCCUCCACGUCUGCCGCGACAUCGUCUACCUCCUCCACCGCCUCAUCGUCAUCCUCUGUCCUAAGCACCGCCUCCACCGAGGCGACGUCGAUGUCGCGCGACUCGGCUAACUCGACGAAAGCGAACACGUCAAAUGGUGCGAGAAUUGUCAGCAGCAUCCUCAGCAAACCACCCGACAAUGAGCGGUAUCUCAACAGCCAGAUUGAGGACCUCCUCACUGCUCUCAGCGACCUGCAGCGCCAGCAUGCCGUGCUGGUGGACCGGCUGCAGAACGACCGAGAGGAUCGCGAUGAAGACCGGAAGGCGGUGCGGGCGCUACUGCAUACUCUGCGCGAGAAAACAACAACCCAGAGCCCUCCACCCGGCAGCAGCGAAGAGGAAGAAGGCGAUAUAUCCGAUGAGCAGGAGGGCACAGAAAAGCCGACUGCGUCAACACGUCGCACAGCACUGCCUACUGACUUCAAUUGCAUCAUAUCAUGUGAAGAGCUUACUGCUCUGCUGGAGCCAGUGGAUGCCCGAUUUCCCUCGGAUUCUGAGGACUGCCAGGCGCCAGCCCAGCAGACGAAAGCGCAGUUGCGCGAUGAGCUGGCUCGCGCAAAGGAGCAGCUCGCCCACGAGGUCGAAAAGGGCCGGGAGCACAGCCGCCGAGAGUAUGACCUGGAACAAGAAGUGUCCACGGCGAAAGAGCAGCUGCGAGACAGUCACGCGCACGUACGAAGCCUUCACCAAGACAAGCAGCGGCUAGAACGGUUGAUACACGACAUGCGAACACGCGCUGCUUCCACAUCUUCAGCAGGUGCUGGAGCCGGAGCCACCCAGAAUGAAAAAGGCGCCGGCGAUAGAAUCAGUGGGGGUGCUGAUGCUGCGGGCGAGUGGUUCGGGCGAGCCACAGGACCAACCACCUUAAGCGGUAGGAUUUCCAGUAGCGGUCUGCGUGAGUUCAAGCUCAGCCGCAGCAAGUCCACGCCAUCGCAGGUAUCGGCGUCAUACGUCCCAUCACUCCCCGUCGGCAACGGGGGUGCCCAGCGGGCUUCGUCGCUCACGGUUCGCGGCGAGUCCGUGUAUGGAUCGUCGAAUAUCAGGCCAAACAGUGGCAGCAUAGACCAGCAGUCGGACGCCCUCGUCUUGGAGCUUGUGCAAGCCAAGACGGCAGAGGCAGUUGCCCGGCAAGAAGUCGAGGAGAGCAGACAGAAGUUCGACAGCCUUCGUAAGGCCCUGGGGCUUUCGCCAGCCGACAUGACGGCCAUGCUGCAGCACGCGGGCAAUCGGGGCUCAUCAAUUAUGGCCUCUACUGCUACCAACACGGCCACGGCGGCAGCCAUGAACAUGCUCGGUCGGCACGCAACCGCGCCGGUCGAGAGCGGCAACAAAAGCCCGACAACAGCGACGGCACCGACUGCGACCGCGGCACCGUCAGGAUAUGGUGGCUUCUUUGGCUGGAGACGCCAAUAG